GAGCCUUGCAACACAUGUUAAAAACGUAAUGCCAUGACAUCGUGAUUCGGGCUUUUUUAGACGCUUCACUCGCAAGACGAGCGAUCAUCAUCGUGUGCCGCAUCGCAUGGAAAGAAGCUGUUACGCCUCUUUUUUCCACUUGAGUCGGAGUCGGUAGAUCGCCGGAGAGCCGGUUCCGUCUCACGUUCACCGACCGAUCACAAUGAAUGUGGAUCACGAAGUGACCCUGCUAGCUGAAGAGAUUCGCCGUCUUGGCAGCAAAAAUGCAGAUGGAAAAACCAGCGUGAAAUUCGGCGUGCUCUUCAAUGACGACAAAUGUGCCAACCUUUUCGAAGCUUUGGUGGGAACCCUGAAGGCGGCCAAGAGGAAGAAGAUCAUCACCUUUGAUGGGGAGCUUCUCCUUCAGGGCGUUCAUGACAAUGUGGACGUCAUCCUGCUGCAGGACUGAUGCUCAGGCGCACACUGUACAUAACUGAGUUUACACUGGGUGCUCUGUUCUUGUCGAGUCACAAAAACAACAAUCUGCAUAUAUUUUUCAGGGCAAUGACAGACGCAUUUUAAAAAACAUUUUUUAUGAGUCGGAUUUUUUAAAGUAAAAUUUAAAAAAAAAAUUCUUAGGCAUGCAUAUAAGUGAAUUUUUGUUGAUCAAACAGUCCACCAAAAACAUACAUGUCCUCCUAAGAGCCAGCAAGGAAAAGUUUUGUCUGAAAUGUUUCUAAGAAGAUGUCCAAGUCCCACCUCCGAAUAUAUAUCAUGUAAAAGCACGUAAUUGUCUCUAUAUGGUGCAUGAGGACAACGCUGUACCACGCCCAGUUUGGGAGAUGCACUUCAAAAUAUGUCCUCUAGAGUAGACAGAGACAAAUGGCUGGAUCACAGGAGGAUAUUUACAGAUAUGUCAGAAAAAGCAAUCUUUCUACAUUACUUGCAUGAUCAUAUGGCUACCUCAUGUGGAUUUUUUUUAGAUGAAAUUCCUUUUUUUUUUUACAUUCUGGACCAAAUCCAUAGUUAAAAUAGGUGGUGGUGUGAAAUUUGAAAAAAGGUGUCUAUGAAAAGAUUGUUCAAAAAUCUGUGGAAUGUGUGAAAUUCCUGGAGUUUAAAGAAAAGAAUGUUCAGUUUUUGUAUGAGCAAAACCAUAGAGCUAAAUUCUUUGUCGGCACACGACAAGGAGAAUAUGAGGAGGAACGCACAUUUAAUACCUUUUCAACAGUGUAAUGCGUUGGCCUUUCAGUCAUCCUUUAGCGAACAGCAUGUUUUGUGCCAAAGUCGUGUUUAAUUUUAUAGUGUUUCCUUCAGAUUGAAUUGACUUGAACAUAUUUAACUUGGUUUAACCUGAAUGUAUUACAUCUGAUGCAAGGUUAUCAAAGAAACAUUUUUGCAAGUGUCUUACAUGUUCUUUCCGAUAAAUAAUUUCCAGCCUGAAGGAUUUUAACAUCCUUGCGGGAAAAAAACUUGAAUAUUGUAUGUCACUUGUUAUUAGCUCAUAGGAACGUAAAAACAGAAUGUUAAUAAAUACUAAGAAAUUCUUGUAGAAUUUUUGAAUCGGGUAGACUGGGGAAUCUAAUCUGAGCAAAGUGGUCUGUUUUUAUUCAUAAAUGUAUUCAGGAGGAAUUUAAUGUUAUUCAUAUGACAGGAGUUCAUACUUGUAAAUCUAGAGAAAAUAAUGUAAAAGGAAAUUACAGGAUUUUGUUGCACUGGAGUUUCACUGGAGCCAUAUGCUACUGAUAUGUGGUGAUGACACUGUCUUAAACACUUGUGAUCUUUAAAACAAAAGAAUAGACAAAAUAUAGUUUAUUCACCUGUUGGGAUUUUUAUAACAAUAAUGGCUAACUGAUCAAACAGUGGGAAUCAAAGCGGUGUGUGAAAUGCAGAGAAAAGAAAAGAUUAAAGAGAACAUUGCCAUCCA